AUUUUAUUUUGAUUUUCCUUUCUAUCUAUAACUCCGACUGCCUUUUAAACCGUCUGAGCGUUGUGAGUAUCGAAAGAUGGUUAACGACCAUUCCGUUCCCAAGAUUUGGGGCACAGUUAUAAUCCGCAUGAAAACGAUGGUAGAAAUGCCCUCGAUCAAGCUAAGACAAGAGACUAAUUCGGGAUAGGCAUUCAGCUUCGAGAAAAAGCAAAACUAGAGGUAUGAUCAGGUCUACCCGCUGAACUAUACAUGCCGUCUAAUUCUAAGAUACCUUGGAUUUCUUCCAAUGGUCGCAUUCUCAGCCGUACUGCAAUGCUCUGGGAGUCACUAGGCGGAAGUCUCUUUGCUGGGCUUUACAAUGGUGGGCCUGUCGCCCUGGCGUACGGCUUGAUGCUAUUUAUUACUGGAGAUAUUUUGAUAGCUGCUUCAUUUGCAGAGCUGGGUUCAAUGUGCUUGGAACCUCAAUUUGCUCAUCUGCGGCUGUGCCGACUGAAUUUAGCACCCCGGUCGCUGGAGCACAAUAUCAUUGGACUUUUGAUCUGGCACCUGUAGCUACACAAAUGCUGUCUUUGUUGCAAGGUGAGUACUCUUUCGCCUUGUACUGAAUUUCAAGAUACAAUGCUAAUCACAUUCAGGCUGGUUGACUGUAGAAUUAAAUCUCUAGGUUCACAUUUCAUAUUAAGUCUCUGAAAAAAUUUAUAGAUAUUUGCAUGGAUUAAUGCUUGCGAAACGGC